ACUAUUUGACAGCAACGCAUAGACUAAAACUUUCCCAUAACGCAGCUUUCGUCCAGUUCUGUUCGCAUCGUCUCAUAGUUCUUGGAGACCUAACUUCGAAAGGUGCGCAGACCGGGACGGGAAAAAACACUACCCUGCACGGGUCUCACCUGUGCACAUGGACGCUAUUUCUUUUGAGGAAGUAACACUGCUGUCCUCUCUGGGAACAGAGACACAUUUGAAAGAAUGAAGAGUCCUUGGGAGAAGAAUGCUCGGUCGAAGUGUUGGUCUUAGACCGGUUGAUCAGAUGCGCCGAUGGGAGGGAAUGAUACUCACCCUACGCUGCUGCUGGGCUAUAGCCACCGCGGCCACCUCCGUUGAUGCCGCUGACCCCCUGAGCUGGCUCCUGUCGGAUAAAGGACCGUUUCACCGCGCACCGGAGUUCACGGAGUUCACGGAACGAUACGAACACGGCUUUACAACGAGAUACAAGAUUUACAGAGAGUUUGGCAGAUGGAGGGUCAACAGCCUGGCCUUGGAGAGGCAGGAGAGCAAUGGAGUGGCUGCACCUCUUGACCCCGAGUUUAUCCACAGCAUCAGGGUGCUGGGGCGGAGGCCCACCCUGCAGAAGAUAACAGACAACAUCAUCAAGAAGUACGGCACGCACUUCCUGCUCUCCGCCACGUUGGGAGGAGAGGAGUCCUUGACCAUUUUUGUGGACCAGAGGAAGUUGAGCCGAGGCCCGGAGGUUGGGAUCGAUCUGAACAGCACCGCCGCGCUGACCCUGGAGGCCCUGCACCAGCUGGCCGCCUCGUACUUCAUCGACAGGGAGAGCACACUGCGCAAGCUGCACCACCUCCAGAUCGCCUCCUCCGCCAUCAAGGUGACUGAAACAAGGACGGGCCCCCUUGGAUGCAGUAACUAUGACAACCUUGACUCUGUCAGCUCUGUACUGGUACACAGCCCUGAAAACAAAGUCCAUUUGCAAGGACUCCAGGUUGUUCUGCCUGCCUACUUAAGAAACAGUUUCAUCCAGGCUGCCUUGGGCUACAUUGGCUGCAAUUCGGAGGGCCAGUUUGUUUGCCGACAGAACGACUGUUGGUGCCAGUGUCACCCCGGCUUCCCACAGUGCAACUGCCCCCGGCAGGAGUUGCACUCCCUGGAGGCCAGCCUACAGCGUGUCAAAGAGGCCUGGAGGGUGGCGAACCAAGAGUUUGAGGAGUCAGACGAGUUCCAGAGCUUUGUGGGUCAGCUUCCGACACACUACGCCCUGAACUCGUCAGCCAUCCUGCGCUUGUGGAGGAGCGACGCCGGUCUGCAGCAGCGCUAUCGGCAGCUGGAGACGAGCGCCAGCCAGCUCCUCGCCAAGGCCCGGAGAACCACUAACAAGCUCUUCAGCCUCAGCAAGAGAUGCCACACUCAGCCCAAAAUAGUCCUGCAGAGGGAGAGGCCCUUCGCGUACUGGCUGAGCUACAUCCUCUCCAUCCUCUACUGCAGUGAGAACAAUCUCAUCGGGCAGUACUCGGAGGACGGCCACAGCUGCACCUGUCCGUACGAGCACCGCUCCUGCCAGGGCCUGAUCCCGUGCGCGGUGGGCGAGGGGGCCCGUUGCGUCUCGUGCUCGGCGGAGAACCGCACCCGCUGCGCCGGCUGCAACGCGGGCUUCACCCUGGGCCACGGCACGUGCCGGCACGCCGUGCCCGACUCCACGGACCACUACCUGGGCUUCGAGACGGACCUGCGCGACGGCGAGCUGCGCUACCUGCUGCAGCGGCGGGACGGGCGCAUCUCGCUGCACGGCAUCUUCGUCAGCAACGACGUGCGCCUCAACGCCUGGUUCGACCCGUCGUGGCGGAAGCGGAUGCUGCUCACGCUCAAGAGCAACAAGUUCAAGUCCAACCGCGUGCACAUGCUGCUGGGCCUCUCGCUGCAGAUCUGCCACACCAAGAACAGCACCCUGGAGCCCGUGCUCUCCGUCUACGUCAACCCGUUUGGGGGCAGCCACUCGGAGAGCUGGACCAUGCCCAUCAACCAGCACGGCUACCCCAACUGGGAGAAGACCAAGCUCGAUAAUCCCCUCUACUGCUACAACUGGACUCUGACUCUGGGCAACAGGUGGAAGAGCUUCUUUGAGACGGUGCACUUCUACCUGAGGAGCAAGAUCCGCGCCGACUCGGCCCAGGGGAACGGCUCGGUGUACCUGGAGCCGCUGGAGGUGGCCGACCCCUCCCAGAACCUGGGCUACAUGAAAAUCAACAGCAUGCAGCUGUUCGGCUACAGCAUGCACUUUGACCCCGAGGCCAUCCAAGACCUGAUCCUGCAGCUGGACUACCCGUACACGCAGGGCUCGCGGGACACGGCGCUGCUGCAGCUGGUGGAGAUCCGGCACCGGGUCAACAAGCUGUCCCCGCCCGGGCCGCAGCCCCUGGACCUGUUCUCCUGCCUGCUCCGUCACCGCUUAAAACUAUCCAGCUCGGAGGUGGUGCGGAUACUCACCGCGCUGCAGACUUUCAGUGCCAAACAACCAUAUUCCAUGGAGUAUGAACCCACCAAGCUCUGUAGUUAGUUGGCCGAUACAGCAUAUAUUUUUUGCCAGUGCUCCAGUUUUUUCUUUUGGAAACACUUCCUGUGAAUGCCCUCUUCAUAAUGCAUUGUAUGCGUAUCUAUAUUGCAUCAUAUGCGUUGCACAUGGAAUGCAUAAGAUGUUUGCUUAAGGUGUAUUACAGCGUUUCAUCAUUUCUCAUGAGGUUUUGUACUGUAGAUUGUAGGCCGAUAAACUACAUAAUGAGCAAAAACAAGAUGGUUCAUCAUUUAUUUGAUGUGCAUUAGUGUUUUUAGAAAAGCCUUUUCUUUGGUCACUUAAAUUGAGUUAAACUUCCUCCAUACCCUCCACAGUUUUUAGGUCAAGUGAUAUGAUUUAUCACUCCUAGGAUGAUAUUAUAGAGUAUUCAUUAUUUUUCCACUCCAUUGCAUAUGUUGUAGAAAGGCAUGACUACGUAUAUGUUUACAAGAAUUACGCUAAAAGCAAAACACUCUUAAUGUGCUCCUUCACAUUUGGCGGUUAAUGAUUUAUGAGGACCCAAAUGGCUCUGGUGUAUUGCAGCUAUUCUGGUCAAAUGGAGGGGCAAAUUGACGUCAACUUUCAAAGCGAUGAUGGUUGUGGUUCUUUGAAAUGUUUGGUUUACUGGAAACAGUGUUUGCCAUUUUUUUCCAAAGCUUUUGACAGUGAAAAUAUGAAGGAGAUCAUUGUUAUAAAUCAUUCUGAUUCCCAUCAUCUCCACCAUCAAAGAAAAGUCUCAGUGUGACUACUGGUUAGUGACUACCCUGGUUAAUCAAAUCAUAAAUACAUAUAGAGAUCAAUCAAUUUGUUUUGGCUGUUACAAGAUAAAUGUAUUAAAUGUUUUGGAGGGGCCAUGUGUAGAACACUUAGUUUAAAAUGUAGAAAAGGGACCUAAAUAACAAUGUGUGAAGAUACAUCUGAAGUGCCCAUGGUCUGUAUUGCUCUGAAGUUAUUAUGCUAACCAGCUAUGGGUCAUAAACUGUGGUCAUAUAUCACUUUUAGGAGGCGCUGUAUCAAAGACGCUCAGUAGAAGAGUUCUGUUGUGGGUGUACUGGAGCGUCCAUAUACUGUAGCUCCUAAAAGCAGAAUCGAAACCAUUCCUUUACACUAUCGAAUUACAAUACCAGGAGAUCCGAAGUGGCAGGCAGAGGAUUGGCUUAUCGCUGACUCUGGUUUGCUCAUGGUGGAUCUAGCAUAUUAGUUUGAUUUGAAUUUCUCUCAUGUAGACGUUUGAUCAUAAGAGUCAUCAUUGUCUUUUAAUAGACUUAGCAUCAAUCAUUGUUAUAAAUCACAGUUCAGCCAGUGAUGUCUAUUCCCUGCUUAAGAUCUUAAAUACAAAAUGACGACAAAUUAUGAUAGGCUAUACUUAUUUCGGGACAUCGUUGAAUUAAGUAAAUUUUACUAAGUAUCUUAUUAUAAAGCUAAUUUAUGUGCAUUAUUAUGUGUUCUUCAGAUGAAUGCUCCAAUACACUCAUAAUGUACUGUAUACUGUAUGUUAUCAUGAAAGAACAACUAUCAAGAAUGAUAUUGUUUGUAAUAAUUGAUAGUAUGAUUGUGUCCGUAUGAUGAUUGCGCACCUUUGUUAAAUGCACAUUAAAUGUGCUACACAUGUUCUAAAUGUGUAUGUGCAUUACAUGCUUCAUAUAGAGGGUGUACAGACACAUAUGUGUAUGUUAUUGUUAUGCAUACAUGUUUUGUAUUUAUAUCAUGAGACAUUAUACUUAAUAAUGGUAGUAUUAGAGUUUGUACACUUUUAAUACCUCAGUUGCUAGACUAUCACACCUAGACAUUAUAAUACAUUAUGAAGAAAGAGCAUAUGAUACAUUAAACAGGU